UUCAACCACCCAGACGCCACGCAGGCGCCGUUAGCAACGGUGGAGAUACCAGCGUUCUUUAACGAACGUCCUGCAUGGAAGCAGCCACCGUUAGAGGAGACGUUAUACGUCACGGAAUCAAAGGAGCGGUAUGAUGAUGUGCGCUCAGGUGACAUUUACGAGGAUCGCACUCGUAGUCUGCACGACCGCUCCCCUACGUGGAUGAACGAGGUGCCUGAGACGCGUUACGACCACCUGUACGGCGUGAACCACCCGGACAUAGCAAAGAUUGGCAUCCGACGACACCUUAACGCAGAGUAUGUGAACCGCAAGGAGGUUGUGGAGCGCGACGCGGCUCUCAUGAAGAAGAACUUGAGCACUGGUCGGCGUCUGCGCCGCAAGGUGGAGUCCUCUCGUACCCACCGCAACGCUGGGUCAAUGAGUGGUGCCGCGUCUGCAUCGGCUUCACGGUAG